GCACACAUAGCAGAGAGUGUUCCGGGCCAAAGUCUAUCACUACACCAGCUCAGCUCCUUAAUCAUAGACGUCUGGUUCACAGUUGUCCAGGAGAAGGCCUGGGCACUAACUAGUGCUCCACGAAAGCCCGGCCACGCUUUGGCUGAGAGUCCAUUAUCGUCUGUGAGUGAUAUGGCAGAAGACCAACUCGGAGAAGUGGACUGGGAUGAGAAUGUCACAGGCGAGUAUAUUAUCGAGAGCAGCCGGACCAAAGCCCAAUUCCAGGUUCGCCUUCUAGAGAUACGUUACAUGAAUUAG